CAUUUGUCCUCCACACAGAAUGGGACUCUUCAAAAAGAAAAAUGGCGUAGAGUUAAAUCGGCGCACGGACACCACCAUCUCAGUGACUAUCCCUGCAGGGACCUCAGACUUCACUUCCGUCUCACCCCUCGCCCACACGCUUACCGUUCAGCAGCUCGUAGAGGAGCUUGGAACUUCAGCAAACCACGGUCUCACAAAUAAUGAGGCCAAUCGUCGCCUCGAAAGUUGCGGAGAAAACGUGCUGCAGGGAAAAGACGGUGUUUCUGCAUGGAGAGUCUUCAUUGGCCAACUGGCAAAUGCUUUAACAAUCGUCUUGGUCGCUGCCAUGGCUCUUAGUUUCGGUGUCAAGGAUUUCAUUGAAGGCGCGGUCAUUGCGGCAGUUAUCGUCUUGAACACAACGGUCGGAUUCUUCCAGGAAUACAGGGCCGAGAAGACGAUGGACUCGCUGCGACAGCUCUCAUCUCCUACUGCUUUUGUUAUCCGUAACGGUGAAGGUGUUGCUAUUCCGGCGAAGAAUGUGGUACCAGGGGAUCUUGUCUCCAUCAAGGUUGGCGAUGUCGUCCCUGCUGAUUUGCGACUUGUGACUGUUUCCAACCUCGAAAUCUCAGAGCAACUCUUGACAGGAGAGUCCGUUCCAGUUUCGAAGAAUGUCAGCACCUACAAUGAGGAUGAGCUGGAUAUUCCUAUCGGCGACCGUCUCAAUUUGUGCUACGCUUCCACUAUAGUCACCAAAGGUCGAGGCACCGGUAUCACUAUUGGAACGGCCAUGAAUACUCAGAUUGGUCGCAUCGCUGAGGCCAUCAGCGGAAAGCAACCAGCAUCUGAUCCCGACGAAGUUGAUGAGCGCCCAUGGCGCGUCCGCGCUUGGGACAAGCUCAAAGGCUGGCUCGGCCUCAAGACCGGUACUCCUCUCCAAAUUAAGCUUUCCAAACUGGCCUACUUGCUCUUCAUCUGCGCUAUCAUCCUCAUUCUCAUCGUCUUCGCCGUUGCCAAGUUCAAGAUCACCAACGAAGUCGUUCUCUAUGGUAUCGCUGCUGCCAUUGCCAUUAUCCCCGAAUCCCUCAUCGCCGUCUUGACCCUCACUAUGGCCGUUGGAACCAGGAAGAUGGCAAAGGAACACGUCAUUGUCCGAAAGCUCGAUGCCCUGGAGAACUUGGGCGGCGUUACCGACAUUUGCAGUGACAAGACUGGUACCCUUACACUCGGGCAAAUGUCCGUCCAAAAGCUUUGGCUUGCCGGAGAUCCAGCAACCUCUUCAGAAUUCACAGCUCCCACUAACCCAGAUCCUUUGGAACCUCGAGGAGAGGUUCGACGCGACAGCGACAACUCUGUGCUUGAUGUCGAUAACCUCCCAACCGCUUUGACCCAGGCCGUCCGUGUCGCGUCCCUUUGCAACGUUGCUACUGUUCAUAAAAACUUGAAGGGACAGUGGAAGUCUACCGGUGAUCCCACUGAAGUUGCACUGCAGGUCUUUGCUGGAAAGCUUAAUCUCGGCCGUCUCGGUCUUACUGGUGAAGGUCCUGAAGUUGAAGAGCGCGUUCUGCGACCUGCGAUGGGCAAAGUUAUUGACUACGGUGUUCCCGAGAAGGAUCGUAUUCGAUUCACUGACGAGGAUCACAAAGAAAAGGCAAAGAAAGAUGCCCGCUGGGAACUCAAGGCCGAAUUCCCAUUCUCUAGUGAACUCAAGCGCAUGACUACCAUCUACAUCGACAAGCAAGAUCCCGACAACGGCUACAUCUUUAUCAAGGGUGCUGCUGAACGCAUCUUGGACACUUCUCUUGCUUACCUGCCCAGACCGGAGGAAGACCCUACUCUGACGGCCCCUCUCACCCCUGAAGUCCGCGACGGUUUCAUGGCCAAGUACGAGGAACUCGCUGCCCAGGGUCUCCGUGUCAUUGGUCUCGCACACCGUGUCAUUCCCAUCGCUCAGAUUGAAGGCAUCAGCCGCGAAGACGCGGAGAAGGACUUCACUUUCCUUGCUCUUGCCGGUAUCUCUGAUCCCCCUCGUCCUGAGACAUUGGGUGCCGUACGGGCUUGUAAGCGUGCUGGUAUCGUCGUUCACAUGCUUACUGGGGACCAUAUCACCACUGCUCGCGCUAUCGCCCAGGCCGUCGAGAUUAUUGGACCUGAUGCUCCUGCCAGCGCUGUCAUGACUGCCACCGAAUUCGACAGGUUGACCGACAAGGAAAUUGAUGCCCUCCCCGAACUGCCACUUGUUAUUGCUCGAUGCGCCCCCGAGACCAAAGUCAGGAUGAUUCACGCCGGGAAGCGACGUGGAAAGCACAUGUCCAUGUCCGGUGAUGGUGUCAACGAUUCCCCUGCCCUUAAACUUGCUCCAGUCGGUAUCGCCAUGGGUAUGGCUGGAUCUGACGUGGCCAAGGAUGCUGCCGAUUUGGUCUUGACCGAUGAUAACUUCGACUCUAUCCGCGUUGCUGUGUCUGAAGGCCGUCGGCUAUUCACCAACAUCCAGCGAUUCAUCCUCCAUCUGUUGACCACCAACGUUGCCGAAGUCGUCCUUCUGAUCAUCGGUCUUUGCUUCCAGGAUAAAGAUGGCGAAAGCGUCUUCCCUCUGUCCCCCAUCGGUGUCCUUUGGGUCAACUUGUUGACUUCCUCUCCUCCCGCCUUCGGUCUUGGAGUUGAGAAGGCUCCUCUCGAUUUGAUGUUACGACCCCCGCAUUCUAUCAAGGAUGGUGUAUUCUCGUGGCCAGUCAUCAUCGACUGUUUGUCCUAUGGCAUUGUCAUGGGGGUUACCUGCCUCGUCAACUUCGUUAUCGUUAUCUACGGCAAAUAUGACAGCAACCUUGGCGACGACUGCAACCAUUCAGCCGGUGAAAUUUGUAAUGCUGUCUUUAGGGCUCGAUCCACGGUUUUCGCAACCCUCAUCUUCCAAAUCCUUCUCUACGGCUGGGAGCUCAAGUCAUUCGAUCGAUCCAUGUUCGCAUUGACUCCUGGUCGCCCAUUCUACGUUGACCUUUGGGCCAAUCAAAUGCUCUUCUGGUCCGUAAUUGCUGGAAUGAUCAGCGUUGUCAUUCCCAUCUACGUCCCGGGCUUCAACAACCGCGUAUUCUAUCAAACCGCCAUCGGAUGGGAGUGGGGUCUUGUCGUCGGCAUGACCGUCGUUUUCAUUGCAUGGUGCGAAGUAUGGAAAAUGAUGCGCAAACCUUUGUACCGCCGCUGGGAACCCCAGCCGGUCAACUACAUCAACUUUGGGCAAGAGACGAACGGCUCGGAUGACAAUUCUGAGAAGGUUCGUGGCGAGAAGGCGAGCGCGUAAUACGGGGGAGGAUAGUACGCGUGAACGAACGACUGUCGAAAGUCGUUGCGGUUCGACGUCGUGCGACAAUUAGGAUGCGGACCCAGACGUGGCCCGGGAACGAUAGGUCAAGGACAGCAUGUUAUCUGCCCUCCCGAUUGCGUGGUUGUCGCCGCGGUUGUUCUACGAGGUGAACUGGUCGAUUUGGCUGCUUAUUAACCAGCCUUGCAAUUCAUUACAUUCUGUCCUGACACAUCCACCAUUUACGGUUCACCUACCAUCUCGUGUAUCUAGUACUUUUCUUUUUUCUUUUUUUUC